AUGUCCUCAGCCAAAGAUCAACGCAUGGCGGCUUAUGCGAACCCCAUCAGGGGCCAUGGCAUGGGUAGCUUCGCACGAGGCGGCACCUUCCUCCCAAGUGGGCCUCAUCCGGGGUAUCACGGCGGCGAUGCUCACAUGUCUACUCUCGCGAACGGUAUGGGUGCUAUGAACCUCCACCACGUUGCCUCCUUUCCUUCAGCAGGCCGUCCUAAUGGAAACGUAGCCCAGAACUCAUUCGAUGCCACCGGUGGCCAUAAUCAGCAGGUCUUCAUGGGUCUUCAGAACCUACAGCCUGGUCAGCACUACUAUCUGCCUGGUGCCAAUCAGGGACCAAGCAACAUGCACCACUCUCCGAGCAUGUACUCCCCGUACGUUCCAAACGCAUACCCGCCUGGCAUGGGCAUGAUGCCUGACAACAGUCCCAUUGGACGUUCUUGGCCUAGCGGCGUUUCUUCAAGCGAUGUUCCAAAUCUCCUGACUCCUCGUCGUGAGUCUUUGUCUUCGAACGAGGCUGAAUAUCCCGGCACACCUUUGACUGGCUAUGGAAUGUACACCAAUCCUCAGGUUAUGGAUCGUUCUCCCAGUGGUGUCUUCACUGCCAGCGCAACUCCUUCACCCAAUCAGAUGCAGCAGCCGUAUGGCAUUGGUGCACCAAUUUCGAAGGCUGUUGUCACCACGAACCCACCCUCGUCGGUAUGCCCAGUCCACAUUCAGAUCAAGUUGCAGCAAGAUCCUCCGAUUCCGUCCGCCAUUCCCGCACCCAACUCACCUAACAAGCCGCUUGACCGCAGCCUUGAGAACAAGAAUGGGGAGACCAAUGUCUACAUUCGUGGUCUCCAGCCUGAGACCAAGGACGAGGAUUUGUUCCAAUGGGGAAAGCGUUUCGGAGACAUUCAGAGCUCCAAAUCGAUCAUCGACAUGAAGACUGAUAAGUGCAAAGGGUUUGGUUUCAUCAAAUACUAUAACUUCGAAGACGCCGAGCAAUGUAUCCGUGGCUUUCAUCAUCUCGGCUAUGAAGAACUUGGACUCGUCUUUGCACCCUUCAAGGUGUGUUCUAGCCGCAUCUUGCGCGAUCAAAACGGAAACGGUCGGGGUGUAGGCUUUGCCCGUUUCGAGACUCGUGACAUCUGUGAGCAGGUGAUACGCCAAUUCAACAAUCAGCCAAUCUCUCGCCCUGGCCAAGGCGGCGAGGAGCAUCUCAUACAGAUCCGAUAUUCGGAUACGCAUGAACAGAAAAUUCUGAAACAGCAGACUGCAGCAGGUCGCCAAUUCCGCGCUCAAGAAUACGAAGUCGGUGUUGCGCAAGCUCGUGGCGCAUUGAGCGAUUCCCGUUUCUUCCCUAACGCCCAACGCAAUGAGUUCGAAACUUUCCUCCAGAAUAGUGCCUACACUCACCCUAGUGUUUCUGGGGCGACUACACCUUCAUCAAAGACAAUUCCAAGUGCGCAUGCCCCUGGCAUGACGGGCAUGGCAAUGUGGUCCAACGGGAGGUCGCAUACAUCUGUGCCUGGUAUAGCGAUCAAUGGAAUGGCCGCCCCCACUACCAUGCCGCAGUCCCCGACCGGCUCCGUCAUCUCCUGCGCUCAAGUCUCAGGUGAGGCUGUCCGAAUUUCUCGUUCUGGGCCAACGACCCCAACCAAAGGAGAGCGUACUCAGGGCAAGGCUGCGUCUGAGCAUGAGUGA